CCACUGCUUCCGUCACCGCUCGGAGCCAAUGGGAAGGCGAGGCGGUUUGGGGCGGAGGCUUUCCCGCCCCUCCCGCGCGCUCCGAGGCGCCAUGGGCUGAAAACUAAACCGAGAUGGAAUCUCCCAGUCUGAACCGGUUUGAGCCGGUUCCGAGUCUGUGGCAUUAGAGGAGGAGGAGAGGAGGAGGAGGAAGAGUAGGGGGGACGAGCGGAAGGAGAAGCGCCGCCACUACCACCACCACCUCCAGCGAAAGAGGGGGAGAAAAGAAAGGAAAAGGGGAGAGAGAUAGAAAGAAAGGGAAAAAAGCUGAGGCGAUCGGCAAUAGUAGUCGCCCUGCGCGCUCCUUUCCUUUGCCGUGUGAAGCGGAGGGGAGUGGGUGGGUCGAGGAGCGAGUGAGGGAACUGCGUGGGGGGCGCUCGUGUGUGUGUGUGUAUGAGAGAGAGGGAGGGUAAGCGGAGCGGGGUUCAUUAAGCGCAGGAGUGGAGUGGCAGGAGGAGGAAGAGAGGGGGGUUAAUAGUAGUAUCAGCAGCCGCCAGGUAUGAACUGAGGGGAGAUCCUUCUGUGAGGAAAGGCCUGACUGACUUCCUCUUGAGAGGCAAGGGGGGGGGAAAGGAGGGCGAAAGUGGGCUUGAGUUCCUGAGGGCCACUCCAGAAUACCCAGCUAUAUUUACAUUGCGUGUGUUUUGUGUGUGUGUACAACGAGGGGUCCACUGAGGUGUGGGCGCCUUGCGGGUUGGGCUUCCUGGUUUUGAAUCGGCCCCCUCCAUCUCUUCUUUUUGGAAGGAGUUGUGUGUUUGUGUGUGUAGGCCCCAAAGGUUGGCUAGUCUCCCUCAACUUCAGUGAAGCAGCGUGGUUGCGUACCUGUGCUGAGGUUCCUCGAAAUCGCUUUUUUUCCCCUUCUUCUUCUUGAAAAGGAAAACAUAUAUAUUUAUAACUUUCUUGUGGGUAUGAGGGGGCAUUGCUGUUAAGAGCGUCCCCAUACAACUGAAUCUCAAGGAAAGGGCGGGAGAGAGAGAAAGGGGGGGAGCAGAGGACUCAGGAGUUGCCUUCGUCCUCUUGCAAGACCUGCCUCGAAUCAAAUCACACUCCUUUUGCGUUUUGUCCUUUUUUGUGGGGGAGGAUAGUGGUGGUGGGGAACCAGGAGGGGGUUUAGGGUGUGCAUGAGCGUUUGAAUGGGUGGCCAAGCCGUGAUCCUCUGUGUGGGUGUGUUACCAAUUUUGCUGAGUUUGAGAGACAGAAAGUGACUUGGGUUGUGUGUCUGUCUGUUUGCCUUCCCUCCCCUUUUUUUAUUGGUAAUUUUUCCCCAACCUCUUUAUUUUGGUAGUUAGUUGAGUGGCUUUUUUGGGGGGGAGGGGGCGGGUGGGCUUGGAUGAAACAAGACUUCGGGGACUCAUGUGAAAGUGGAAGGAGAAAGAUACCUCUCUUUUGUUUCUGUGUGUUGGGGGGAGUUGAAAAGGAAGAAAGGCUGGACAGGUCUUUUCGCCCCACUCCUCCUCCUCGUGCAUCUUGGCUUUCUCUCUUUUUUCUUUUUUCUUUUUUUUUGGAUUGUUGCUCUCCGCUCCCUCUCUACGAGAAGUAGCUGUGAUACUCAAUUAGUAAUCUAUGCCAGCAAUUAUGACAAUGUUAGCAGACCAUGCAGCACGGCAGCUGCUGGAUUUCAACCAGAAAUUGGAUAUAAAUCUAUUGGAUAAUGUGGUGAACUGCCUGUAUCAUGGAGAAGGAGCCCAGCAAAGGAUGGCACAAGAGGUCUUAACUCACUUAAAGGAGCACCCUGAUGCAUGGACAAGAGUUGAUACUAUUUUGGAAUUCUCUCAGAAUAUGAACACCAAAAUGAUUAGAGGAACAGAAAGAAAGCAACAGUAUUAUGGCCUGCAGAUCUUGGAAAACGUGAUAAAAACAAGAUGGAAGAUCCUUCCAAGAAACCAAUGUGAAGGCAUCAAAAAAUAUGUUGUCGGCUUAAUUAUCAAGACUUCAUCUGAUCCAUCAUGUGUUGAAAAAGAAAAAGUAUACAUAGGGAAGUUAAACAUGAUUCUUGUUCAGAUACUAAAACAAGAAUGGCCAAAACAUUGGCCAACAUUCAUCAGUGACAUCGUUGGGGCCAGCAGGACAAGCGAGAGCCUUUGCCAGAACAACAUGGUAAUCUUAAAACUGCUAAGCGAAGAAGUUUUUGACUUUUCCAGUGGACAAAUAACUCAAGUAAAAGCCAAACACUUAAAGGACAGCAUGUGCAAUGAGUUCUCACAGAUAUUUCAACUGUGUCAAUUUGUGAUGGAAAACUCGCAAAAUGCUCCUCUCGUUCAUGCAACUUUGGAAACUUUGCUUCGAUUCCUCAACUGGAUUCCACUGGGGUAUAUUUUUGAGACCAAGUUGAUCAGCACACUAAUAUACAAAUUUUUAAAUGUCCCCAUGUUCCGAAAUGUCUCUUUGAAGUGCCUCACAGAAAUUGCUGGUGUCAGUGUAAGUCAGUAUGAGGAACAGUUUGUCACACUCUUUACCUUGACCAUGAUGCAGCUUAAACAGAUGCUUCCUUUGAACACCAAUAUUCGACUUGCAUACUCCAAUGGAAAAGACGAUGAACAGAACUUCAUUCAGAAUCUCAGUUUGUUUCUCUGUACCUUUCUGAAAGAGCAUGGCCAACUUAUAGAAAAACGUUUAAAUCUAAGAGAGACGUUAAUGGAAGCCCUUCAUUACAUGCUACUGGUGUCUGAAGUUGAAGAAACUGAAAUCUUCAAGAUUUGUCUGGAGUACUGGAAUCACCUGGCUGCUGAACUUUAUAGAGAGAGCCCAUUUUCAACAUCUGCUUCUCCAUUACUUUCGGGAACUCAACAUUUUGAUGUUCCUCCCAGGAGACAACUUUAUCUUCCUGUUCUGUCUAAGGUGCGAUUGUUGAUGGUUAGCCGCAUGGCAAAGCCAGAGGAAGUGCUUGUUGUAGAAAAUGACCAGGGGGAAGUUGUCCGAGAAUUCAUGAAAGAUACAGAUUCUAUCAAUUUGUACAAGAACAUGAGGGAAACACUAGUUUACCUUACCCAUCUGGAUUACGCAGAUACUGAAAGAAUAAUGACAGAGAAACUUCACAAUCAAGUAAAUGGUACCGAAUGGUCAUGGAAAAAUCUAAACACUCUGUGUUGGGCUAUAGGCUCAAUCAGUGGAGCAAUGCAUGAAGAAGAUGAGAAGAGGUUUCUUGUAACAGUAAUAAAGGACCUUCUGGGACUCUGCGAGCAAAAGCGAGGGAAAGACAAUAAAGCUAUUAUUGCAUCCAAUAUAAUGUACAUAGUAGGGCAAUAUCCAAGGUUUUUGAGAGCCCACUGGAAAUUUCUGAAGACUGUUGUCAACAAGCUAUUUGAAUUUAUGCAUGAAACUCACGAUGGUGUCCAGGACAUGGCUUGCGAUACGUUCAUAAAAAUAGCGCAGAAAUGCCGCCGACACUUCGUCCAAGUCCAGGUGGGAGAGGUCAUGCCGUUCAUUGAUGAGAUCCUGAACAAUAUUAAUACAAUCAUUUGUGAUCUUCAACCACAGCAGGUGCAUACUUUCUAUGAAGCAGUGGGAUAUAUGAUUGGGGCACAGACUGACCAGACGGUACAAGAGCAUUUGAUAGAGAAAUACAUGUUACUCCCUAAUCAAGUAUGGGAUAGCAUAAUUCAACAGGCCACAAAGAACGUUGAUAUCCUAAAGGACUCAGAAACAGUUAAGCAAUUGGGAAGCAUACUGAAAACAAAUGUGAGGGCAUGUAAAGCUGUUGGACAUCCUUUUGUGAUUCAGUUGGGAAGAAUCUACUUAGAUAUGCUGAAUGUAUACAAGUGCCUCAGUGAAAAUAUUUCUGCAGCUAUUCAGGCAAAUGGUGAAAUGGUUACAAAACAACCUCUGAUUAGAAGUAUGAGAACAGUAAAAAGGGAAACUUUAAAACUAAUUUCUGGCUGGGUGAGCAGAUCCAAUGAUCCUCAGAUGGUAGCUGAAAACUUUGUUCCACCUUUGCUGGAUGCGGUUCUUAUUGAUUACCAGAGGAAUGUUCCGGCUGCCAGAGAGCCUGAAGUGCUUAGUACAAUGGCUAUCAUAGUAAACAAACUGGGGGGACACAUUACUGCUGAAAUACCUCAGAUAUUUGAUGCUGUCUUUGAAUGCACAUUAAAUAUGAUCAAUAAGGACUUUGAGGAAUAUCCUGAACACAGAACAAACUUUUUCUUACUACUACAAGCAGUAAACUCUCAUUGCUUCCCAGCAUUCCUGGCCAUUCCACCUGCACAGUUCAAAUUAGUACUGGAUUCUAUCAUUUGGGCUUUCAAGCACACAAUGAGAAACGUUGCAGAUACAGGCCUUCAGAUCCUUUAUACACUUUUACAAAAUGUUGCACAAGAAGAAGCUGCUGCCCAGAGUUUUUACCAGACUUAUUUCUGCGAUAUUCUUCAGCACAUUUUCUCUGUUGUAACAGACACGUCUCACACUGCUGGUUUGACGAUGCAUGCAUCGAUUCUUGCAUACAUGUUCAACUUAGUAGAAGAAGGAAAAAUAAGUACUCCUCUAAACCCUGGAAACCCAGUGAACAACCAGAUGUUUAUUCAGGAGUAUGUUGCUAAUCUCCUUAAAUCUGCAUUUCCCCAUCUGCAAGAUGCACAGGUUAAACUGUUUGUAACAGGACUCUUCAGUUUAAAUCAGGAUAUUCCUGCUUUCAAGGAACACCUUAGGGACUUCCUGGUACAGAUAAAGGAAUUUGCAGGUGAAGACACAUCUGACUUAUUCCUGGAAGAAAGAGAGACGGCUCUUCGACAGGCUCAGGAGGAGAAACACAAACUUCAGAUGUCUGUCCCUGGCAUCCUUAAUCCACAUGAAAUUCCUGAGGAAAUGUGUGAUUAAAAAAUAACCAGUUGCACUGUUUUCUUUAUGUACAGCUGCUUUGUUGUAAAAGAAAACAGGACUUGGAUAUUUGUUGACCAAAAUGAUGCCAAUUUGUAAAUUGAAGAUGUCACCUAGUGGCCCUUUUUUCUUAUGUGUUUUUUGUAUAAGAAAUUUUCUGUGAAAUAUCCUUCCAUUGUUUAAGCUUUUUUUGUUUUGGUCAUCUUUAUUUAGAUUUGCAUGAAGUUGAAAAUUAAGGCAUUUUAAAAAUAACACUUCAUGCCCAUUUUGUGGCUAAGGGUAAAAGAGGCAAAACAUAUAACUUGUAAAGUCUAUUGCAAAAUUAUACAUUUUCCAGUUAGAACACAGAUUUUUUUUAAUUAGGGAUCACUUUCUUACUAGCCUGUCCUGCAGUCUAGAAGAAAAGGGUAAUAAGUUAAUCCAUCAGAUUGUUAGGUAUAGGAGGAUGAAUGCUGCAUCAGACGUGAGCAGCUUUGGGACUGAGUGGCAAGGCUAGGCUUACCGGUAUUUGCAAGUCAUAUGGCAAGUUUGCAGCAAGAUCAUGUGCAUAUCAUCCCAUUGUAAAGCAACUUGGAAAAAAAAGUAUGGGAACACAGUACAGUUAGUUAUUUUUACACAGUUCUUUUGUUUUUGUGUGUGUGCUGUCGCUUUGUCGACAACAGCUUUUUGUUUUCCUCAAUGAGGAGUGUUGCUCAUUUGUGAGCCUUCAUUAACUCGAAGUGAAAUGGUUAAAAUAUUUAUCCUGUUAGAAUAGGCUGCAUCUUUUUAACAAGCUCAUUAAAGAAGAAUUCUGGCUUUUGAGAUGACUUCUACUAAUUUACAUUGUUUACCAUGCUGUAGUGCUUUAAGAACACUACUUAAAAAGCAAAAUAAACUUGGUUUACAUUUAUUUUCCUUUCCUUGGCUUUAUUCUUUUAUUGGAUUAAAAAGCUCUGAUCACUUUAAAAUUCAAGUAGUAAUUAGAGUAGAAGAAAAACCCUGUUGAGGACAUGCAAAGCCUGCAUCUGGCAGGGACUCCCACAACUGCUGAAAGAUUUCUGCUGCAGUAGCUACUUGGCAAAUUGGUUCUUUAAACUUAGAUUUUCAACAUGUAUCUUUCAGUGGCCUGCCCAACAUUGUCCUUUUUUCUUUCACCUGGGUUUUUGUGGCUCUUCUCAAACAAUGUAUAAUAUGACAAAAAACAAAACAAAAAAUUAACAUUUGGCAGUAUCAAUGUUACUUUUGCUUAACAUUUCUCCAGAAUUUUCUCUUCUGUAUAUCAAAUGCCAACCUGUUUGUCUUGGUUUUCCUGGGGCAGGUGGCAUCCAUGUUGCCUACAGUCCUAGGACUGUCAGUGAUUUAAAAAAAAUGCAACAUUCAUGUGCCGUUGUUAAAGAAAAUGAGGGUAGAUGAUUAGUGUUAAUCUUUUUAUAUAAAAUUUGAAUAUCAAAAUAAA